GAACUAAGCCAGAGUGAGCUCGCCACACGCCACAUUUCUGUUAUGAAGCAUUACUUUAUCGCAGUGACUAUUUUCUGCGCAAUUAUCACACGGAUAUCAUGCUGUGAUGUCGUCAAGCUCACAUUUCCAAGCGGAUUUCGCAUAGGAACUGCCAGUGCCUCCUAUCAAGUGGAAGGAGCCUGGAAUGUCAGCGAUAAAGGGGAAAAUGUUUGGGAUCAUUGGACACAUAAUCAUCCGGAGUUGAUAACCGAUGGACGGAACGGAGACGUUGCCUGCAAUUCUUACUACAAGUACAAGGAGGACGUGGCACUUAUCAAAAAUAUCGGAUUCGAUUACUAUCGGUUCUCUAUUAGUUGGUCACGCGUGCUUCCAACCGGGUUUGCGAACGUGAUUAGCGAAGAUGGGCUGCAAUAUUACAAAAACUUGACAGCAGAAUUAGUUGCUAACGGAAUCGAACCCGUCGUGACAAUAUAUCACUGGGAUCAUCCGCAAGUUAUAGAGAAUAUGGGAGGAUGGACAAAUGAACUGAUAGUCGACUGGUUCGUGGCUUACGCUAGGAUACUAUUUGAAGCACUAGGAGACAGCGUCAAAAGAUGGAUAACUAUUAACGAACCAGACACCUUCUGCGAGGCUGGUUACGAAGGCACCACGAAAGCCCCAGGAAAAGUGAUAUCCGGUAUCGGGAAGUAUCUGUGUGGACACAACGUUCUGAAAGCUCACGCGAAAACGUAUCGUAUGUACGAUGAAGAAUUUCGGGAAAGCCAGCAAGGUGAAGUCAGCAUUGUAUUAGCUCUCGCAUCAUACGUAGCCACAAAUUCCAGCGAUACGGAGUCUGUGGAAACCGCGUUUCAAUUCAACUGUGGAUGGAUGGCGCAUCCACUCUACUUCGGGGACUAUCCGGAAGUUAUGAAAACUAGAGUGGCCUUGGUCAGUGAAUAUCAGGGUUAUCCACGUUCACGACUGCCAGAAUUUUCCGAUGAGUGGAUAGCCAUUAUAAAUGGAACAAAUGACUAUUUUGGCGUGAACCAUUACUCUACCAAUCUGGUUUACCCUGAUCCAGCCGAAGAGCUCGGCGUCUAUAGAAUCGACAGUGGUGUAAUACGUACCAUCGAUUUCAGCUGGCCAGCGACGGCUUCUAAUUGGUUUUAUGUAUAUCCCCCGGGAUUCGGUGUUCUGCUUCGAUGGAUUAGAGAUGAAUACAAUAAUCCUCCGGUAUGGAUUACAGAAAACGGCUACUCCGACUCGGGACAGUUGGACGAUUACGAACGGAUUAGCUAUUAUUACGAUUACAUAAAAGAAAUGCUGAUAGCCUUGAAACGCGAUGGCUGCAACGUCGAAGCCUACACUGUUUGGAGCAUAUUAGAUAAUUUCGAAUGGCACGCUGGUUAUACAGAACGAUUUGGAAUUACCCACGUGGAAUUUGACGACGCAGAUACAAAUCGAACUGCCAAAUUAUCACAGAACUGGUGGAUGAAAGUUCUUUCAAAACGUAAGCUCCAGUCUGUCCCGACGAACACGGCUGCAGCUGCUCGAACUCUACUACCUUGGCAGAAAUAAUCAACCAAUUGUGUUCGCAACUUAUUGUAGCAAGUAUUUUCAUUCGAAAGAAUGGCUAUUCUGUGAUCAAAGAAGUUUUGCGACGUUAAUAAUUACGCUAGUACAUUUUAUCAGUAGUAUAGAUAUCAUGCCAAACAAGUGAUUGAAAUAUUCCACUACUACCAGGAAUUGAUAAUCAAUAGAUAAAUGCAAUACAAAGCGAGAUUUGAUUUCGUGAAGCAUAUGGUUGAGUUGUUCUCAUUUGUUGAUUUCAAUUUCUUAAUCUGGUUGUUGAGUUUUUAUCAACAAAUAAUUUAGUCGAUCUUCCGAUCUCACCGAAUAUAUAUCGCAACUUCAGCUAUUUAGUCGUCACAUGGCUUUGGUGAUUUGUGACGAGAUGAUCUUUGAUAAAUAAAGAAAAUAAUUUUAA